GCCAGCAUCUGCUUCCUCACCUGCAUCAGCAUCCAGCGCUACUUCUUCCUGUACCAGCCCUUCAGGGCCAAGGACUGGAAGCGGCGCUACGACGUGGCCAUCAGCGCCGUGGUCUGGCUCUUCGUGGGGGUGGCCUGCCUGCCCUUCCCCAUCAUGAGGGGCUACGGGCUGGCCAACAACAGCCACACCUGCUUCGCCGACCUCCAGGUGCGGCCCAUCCGAAGCAGCGUGGCCACGGUGCUGAUGACGGGCAUGGCCGAGCUCUUCGGCUUCGUGGGCCCGCUCGUCAUCAUCUUGUUCUGCACCUGGAAAACAAAGAACUCCCUCCGGGGCUUCCACAUCCCGCAGGAGAACAGCGGCGAGAGGCGCAAGGCCCAGCGGAUGGUUUCCAUGUGUGCCGUGGUGUUCUGCGUGUGUUUUGCCCCCUACCACAUCAACUUCUUCUUCUACAUGUUGGUGAAAGAGAAGGUCAUCACCGACUGCUUCCUGAGCACCAUCACGCUCUACACACAACCCUUCUGCUUAAGCCUCGCCAGUCUGGACUGCUGCCUGGAUCCCAUCAUCUAUUUCUUCACGACUUCAGAGUUCCAGGACCAGAUAUCCAGGCACAGCAGCAUGGCCAUCAGGAGCCGGCUCAUGAGCAAGGAGAGCGGCUCGUCGGUUAAGGAGUGACAGGAAAGCCAGCUGAAAAAAACUCAGAUAUUUCAUAGGAGAUCUGGGACUGUUCUGGGAUACUCAAUUACCAACUCCAUUGUGGAAGAUCCUGCCAGUGCAGGGGAGUUUUGUGGCAGUGAAAAUCUUUGAUACACAGAAGAUAAAACUCUGUCUAUGACCGGUGUGUUGGGAUCUGAUGAGCGACCCAGCUGGUGUGACCCUCCCCACCCCUGGGCCACCCACACCCGACCUGGCUGGACUAGGAGACAUACAGGAGGGAAAGACAAAGCUUUUGCUAGGAAGUGGUGGAAAAGUCCCAGGAGCUUUUCUUCUGUUUUCCCAGCUCCAUGGCUCUAGGAUGAAGCCAAAGACAAUCCCACAUCCAUACACUGACAUCUGCUGAAGUGUCUUCUCUGGGACAACCACACAAGAACAUAAAAAUGGCCAGUAAUCAUAAGAGACAACUGGGGCUGUGGACAGGUGGAGGCUCCAGCCCACUCCUGGCUUUGUGUGCAUCCCACUGCUCACCACCUCUGCUUCAACUUUCCCACACUCACCUUCCCACUCCCCUCCUCCAUUUCCUCCUCACCCACCUCUGUUUGCUCCUUCAUUGCUGACACAUCCUAUAACUUGCACCUACAGCUGGUGCAAGACCCCCUGAAAGACAAGUCUCCUCCAGCACCUUCCCUUGCUCCGAGUGACUUUCUUCCCCUCCAAGCUACCCCUGUUGGCAAGGGGGGCAUCAGGACAUGUUCUUCACCUUUGGACCCCGAGGGACAGGACCACGGUGGUCCUGCCAUUCGUGCCGGUGGAUUUGUUGAUGGUGGUGGUACCACUCAGGUCCUCACUCUCUUCUUUGUGGGGCAUCUUGGGCCAGAGGUACCUGAGGUGAACCUGCCCCAUAAAAGCUCAGCUCAACGAGUUCAAUCGAUGUAGCUUUUUAAAAGAGGUCCUUGCCAAGGUGAUGCCACUUACAGAGCACAGGCUAAGUGCAUAAAUUAUUGUGGUUUUUUUCUGCCAGCACCUCUCAUGAUCCUAAUGUUUACAUUUUUAUGUAGCUGUGCAAAGCAGUGACAAGGGAGGAUGCCAUUUACCCCUUACAUUAAAUUAGUGACAGCUCUUCAGCUAAGUCUACCCACUGUGUAACUUCCAGGGUAUCCUUGUGAUACCUGGGAGUUGAUUUGGCUGAACACAGGCACCAAUCUGUUGCCUUUGAAAGCCUGUAUAUUUUCAAGAGAAUGUGUACAAUUUGUACAAUGUGCAGUCUUGCAACAGAAAAUAUCUUACAUGUUGCUACAAAACCAGCAGAAUGACCAGAAACACUUGCUAAGUGUAUUUUAAAUCUUACCAUUCAAUUCCA